UGUCCUGUGUAGUGUGGCUCGGCGGCUCGUCACUAAUAUCUCGAUUGGUAACAGUGGCGAACGGUGAUAAUACACCGUUUUAUCCAUUCUCUGGUAAUCAGUGAUAACGUCAUAUUCAUUCUGACAAAUUCCGUUCUUCCCAAGCCCAACUUACUCCCAACUCCCAAGAGUCAAUACGUUAAUUACUGGCCACUGCCUAACAUUAUUCGUUUAUCCAAACCGUUAACUUCGAAACCCAAUAACAACUAACUUAGAACACGAACGGAGUAGCGUUCUACGGACUCGUAACUCUUAAGCAGAGUUUUUCAUUUAGGUUUAGAAGACCCACCUCCAGCUACUGCAACACGCCCUAAAGCCCAUUGUUCGGCAUUUAUUAUUAACAAUUAUCUGUGAUUUUAUUGUGACUGUUGACAAAAAAAAAAAAAAAAAACAAUGACUCUAUUAAAAACAUUUUGGACACCUAUUGUCGUGUAUCCAGACGUGAAAACUGGUUGUAAAUUUGUAGCAGCAUACACGAUUGCCAUAUCAAUUUUCUUGAUGGCACUUCUUGUUCAUAUGCAAAAUGGAGGUGAAUCGACACAAAUGUAUAAUCCAUUUUUUGAAGCUAAUUUACGUGAACUUAACUAUUAUGUGGUGUACACUUUAAUAUUUUUCGCCUACAUGGUGGGUUCAUCUUUAUUGUUGCUGAAAGGUUUGGAGAACAAUCUCCGAGGAUUCCUAUUACCAUGGUUAAUUGGUAUGGGAUUUGUUGUAAUUUUUUUGCUGGUUUGGUCUAUUUGGCUGCUAUAUGGAUACUAUAUUUAUAUUCACAUAGUGUGCGCUGCUGUGAUUUAUUGGAUUGUGGCUGCUAUGCAAUUUUAUUGCUGGUUGUGUGUUUACACUCAAUACAGAGUGAUCAACGAAAUGCAAUCUCCAAAUAUUGAGCUUCUUAUAUUUUAAUAGGUUUUUACGUGCAUAUUUUAUUAAUAUUCUUAUAAAGAAAAUGUUUGUAUUACGACUAUAAAAAAGUAUUCUUUUUUUUUUUACAUAAACCUAGUUUAUUGAAAGUUUUGUAUGGUAUACUACCGCCGCUGAGAGAGCGCUACUAAUUGGCGCAUCCAAAUGACCAAGCUAUGCGUUUUCAUACCAGAAUUUAUCCCACUUUACCACCUAGUUGUGGUAACAACUGUGGCGGCGGCUAGCUUAUGGGCAAGUUUAAUGGUGAAAAUGCGCAAGAUCGGAUUUGGUCGCCGUCCAGUAGCGCUCUCUCACUGGCGGUAGUAUACCUAAAAACCAUUUUGUUAAGACUGCCAUUAAUAUGUAAGAAUUUAAGUGAAACUGCAGCGUUCUAAUUUCAUAUGGAAAUAACUGUUGUAAGAAAUGCUAUAUGAAAUUUGAUAACUGCCGUUCCCCUUAAUUAAAUACAUCUAAUUUGAUCAUUAUUGUAAUCCGUCCAUAUUUAUUUUUCAUUCAAAUUGUGCCUUAAAUAAAAAUAUAAAAUUAAGUAUUAUAUAUUUUAA